CGUCUGCGUUGGUUCUCGGGUGUCUGAUCGUCAAAAGGAGCUUCUGCUGGCUUUUGUGAGAGAGCAUCCACAGAUCGCGACGCUGUCGUGCCCGCUGAAGCCGUCGUUCACGAGGGAGGACCGGGACGACAUGUGGCAGGAGCUGGUAGCGCUUUUGAACGAAGUCCCUGCGCGUAACACCACAGCCUUGCCAAACUCCGAGAGCAGCAGAGAUGGUUCCCCCAGAUCAGAGCCUGCAAGCAUGUGCACUAUCUGGGGACUUCCGUCGCCUGCACCGCCAAGGUUCUUGGUCGGGAACAACUUCCGCGGCUUGCAGGUGAGCCCUGCUCCAGCUGCUGCUGGUGUGGCUGAAGAGGAUGUGGCCCAGGACCUUCCCCGUGCCACAACUCCUCAUGCCGCAGCUGCGAGAUGGGGGCAACCGGCAGGCCGAGGCACUGGAGUUACUAGCCGCAAACACCAGGCGGCAGGGCCAGGCAUCAUUGGAAAGCUGCGCCAGGUUCAACUUCUCGGUGACGCGGUCCACAAAUUGCAAGGCGUUGGUACCCUCGCCUGGGCCCUCACUGCAGCGGAAGCCACCUGCACAGUGAUUUGUAAAGACUAGUUGUACAUAUAUGUAGAUUUAUUUUUGUUCACACCACGAGUUGUGAUACGCUGGUUUGCUUCAAUGGUGCCCUGCAAUUUUUUUUCAGUUAAUUUUCUUUUUCUGCAUAUCAGAAGCACUGAUGUGCUGUUUCAUUGUACAUAACACAGUGUAGCUCAGUGGUAAAUCGUGUCCUGCAAUGUCAUUUUUUAA